GAUUGGCAGAGGGGGGUGGAGGACACACUGAGUGGAGGCCAGUGGAGGGAAUGACAGAGGGGGGUGGAGCCAGUGGAGGGAUUGGCAGAGGGGGGUGGAGCCAGUGGAGGGAUUGGCAGAGGGGGGUGGAGCCAGUGAAGGGAAUGACAGAGGGGGGUGGCGGAUACGGUGCGGUUGGUGAGGUGGAUGAGUCUGGCCGCUGAGUUCAGGAUAGACUGAAGCGGGGAUAGUCUGUGAUGAGGGAGGCCGGUGAGGAGGGAGUUGCAGUAGUCCAGGCGUGAUAUGGAUUGGACAUGGGGUUGGAAGGACAGGUUUGAGUCUAGG